CCUUCGCUUUUGGUUUGCCAUGACCGCUGGAACAGCUUUUUUAACACCAGCGACUUCCUUCGUGUAUGUACUGCCAAGGAAGAAGAGAUAGACUUCGACCGCGAUAUCGUUCAUUGCCAGAAGACAGUGCGUCACAUUAAUAAGUCAGCAUCUGAGGGAUGCAAUUGGUGUAAAUGCAUUCAAAGAGCAUUCAUGUUACACAACGCCACAAACGAAGGCUUCUUAGACCCAGACGAAGGCUGUACUAUUAGCCUGAGUCGAGACUAUUUGUACGAACCCACGCCAACAGGCCACAAUAGCUAUCUACUUUCUCUACGUCACAGAAACCUUGCGUCGGACUCGACCAAUUGUCAUCUGUUUGCUUUCACCAACCAUAAUAACAUCGCAGCGUCGCUUGUCACGGCACAACCUCGUCAGACCAUUUUAGACACGCCCGCUGCUGUGCAAGAGAUGAGAACCUGGCUCGCAGAUUGUCGUCUUCACGACUGCUGUCCCUUGAAAAACGAUGUGGUUCUACCGACGCGGGUAAUAGAGGUUUCACCAGCUGCUUCCCCGGAUAACCCGCGAAUACUGGUCGCGAAUGGUAGCCAAGGUCAAUAUGCGGCUCUUUCAUACUGCUGGGGAGAAAGGCCAUACGGACAUCUCCAAAACUCGAACUUAGAAGAGUACACCCGUCGUCUGGAUCUUUUGGCUCUGCCCCAGACACUUCGAGAAGCGAUCAAGGUCGCAAAGGACCUCGGAAUUCUCUACCUGUGGAUCGAUGCACUAUGUAUCCUCCAAGACUCGGAUGCCGACAAGCAACACGAAUUAGCUACCAUGCAACGGGUUUACAGAAAUGCUCUCAUUACUAUAGUCGUUGCUAGCUCUGACGAUGUGACGAAUGGUUUCCUUCAACCACGCCCUCAACUGUACACCGCUUAUACUUAUACCAUCCCGUUUAGGGUAGGAACAAAUCUGUUCGGAACCGUUUCAUUCUCAACCAUGAAGGAGAUAGCCCAUGAAGAGUCCCUCGAGCCCAUAAAUAGACGUUGUUGGACCUUACAGGAGCAAAUCUUAUCAACUCGAUCCCUCUACUUUGCCUCACACACUCUCCAGUGGCGAUGCUCACAAGGAGAGCGGAAUUUGAGCGACUCAUUGCACGUCACCAGAUGGCGAAAUUCUAUCCAAGAUAUGAAGUAUGGAGUAUCAUACCUAUACCAGAGCAACUUCGAGUGCUGGGCAAAAACUGUCGCCGACUACUCCCAUCGUUCCAUGGUUCUUUCGAGCGACAAAUUAAACGCGAUCGCUGCAAUUGCGCAAGACUUUGCACCAAUGCUAGGUCCGCACUAUUACGCUGGGAUUUGGGAAAAAUCACUCCUCUCGCAGCUUCUAUGGUUCUGCGAUGGCAAUGCUCCACGAGCGUCGCCGUACCGCGCUCCAUCGUGGUCCUGGGCUUCGCGCGACGAUGGAGUGUACAUGAUUACAGCAUUGGAACUGGCUGAACACGAUACUGAAAUAUGUAGCAUUGUUCGAGUCUCGACCCAACUAAAAGAGAAUAAAUUGCCCUUUGGUGAAGUUAUCUCGGCUUCAAUUGAGUUGAGAGGUGGUUUGCGACGAGCGCGUCUAGACGGGACUCCGCACGAGUUCAUCCCCGAAAAAAAGAAACCGAGACUAGUAUGGGUAGAUAAAGGCGAGGGAGUAUUUGAGGGUCAAGGAACCUUCUUGACGACACACGGCAUCCAUCUCGACAAUUUCGGCCUUGAGCUUCCUAUAGAAGUUUUGGGUAUGCCACUCGUUGCGAACCGCGAUGGAAUUGGGAGCGGACUGUUGCUUGUACCGACAGCUGAAUAUUCAUAUGAAAGAGUUGGAACCUUUUACCAGACAAAGUUGGCAUCACUCCAUCAGGUGCAUGAAGUAGAGAUUACGAUCGUAUAG